GGACCUUUCCUUGGGGCUCCCAGGACCUUGCGUUGGGGUACCCAGGACCACCUUGGGGUACCCAGGGACUGUGCAAGGUCUGAUCGGUGGGGGGAACACACAAAGCUUUCUGGUGCAACAAAUGCAAGGGCCCAAUUUCCCUUGGAAAAGCAGCAGGGAACAUCUCUCUCCUGCAUUUAUACCAUCCCCAGUGCACAGCCUGGCUGGCAGAAAGGAGGGUCCUGAGCCUACUGCAUUACUGACACACUGAGCUGCUCCAGGUCUCAGCUUCAGGGUGAGUCCCAAAAAGCCAGCCCCGUGCUCCGCACCACCCUCCCAACACCAAACCAGCACCACGCAGGCGUUCGCUGCCCUGCGUUUUCCUCUGGGAACCAUUAAUCCUAGAGGAUUAGCCAGCAGCCAUGCGGUGCUUCAGCUUUCCAAAGCCCUGUACUAGUGCUAAGCAUUAUUACUAUUAUUACUAUUAUGAUUAAUUAUUAUUAAGCAGAUUCACUUCCUACCACUCACUGUUGCCAGCGAUUUCCAAACCUCCAAGGAGCUGAAUAAACACACAGCGGCUCAGGAGUUUCUUCCGAUGCGCAAAAUCACCCGGCAUUGUAAUUUGGGCUGGAAGCAACACAGGGACAGGCUCGCUCCAGAGCCCCCGGCUGGCUGGGAUUUAGAAGGAUUAGUGACUCCACUUCCAUCCUGAAGCAAGGGGAUCCGAGCAUCCGAAUCCUUUCGGGUGAGGAGGGGUGCUGGCUGCCUUGAUCCCCAGCUCUCCAAAACGGCUGUCCCACUGUGACACAGGACACAGCCCCAAAGGCUUCUGCUGCUCCAAACAUGUCCUCUUCCUAGGUGAGAUGGGAGCCUUUAUAUUUUUGGGAAAUCUACAUUAUUAUUUGCUUUCAGUCCCGCACUGUGGACCAGGCAGCAGAGCCCCAGCGGAGCGGAUGUUCCUCACCAGGCCGGAGAUGCACCAACCCCAUUUGUGCUCCAGGGCCCGCAUCCAAAAGUGAUUAAACACCCAUUAUGCCUGCUCUCCAUGAAAACGGGGAUUUACAGACACCCAAACCUCUGUUUAAAUGCAAAUGUGGCAUUUUAGCUUGGAACCAUGGACACGAUGAGCAUUAGGGAGGCAUCACGCCCUCCACAGCACCAUCUCGGGAGUAAUGUGACCUCUGGGAAAGGAUGAACUGGGGGGCUCGGCAUCCCGCAUCCCAAAUCCACCCCUCCAUCUGGGACUCUGCUCUUCCCCUGGUGAUGCUGGCACAACUGUGGCAGAAUGUCUAGCACCAUGCAGAAAAGGAUGGAGGUUUGGACCCUCUCAUCACCAGGACAGCCCAAGCGAUGACCGGGGAUACACAUGAGCCUCUCAUUUGGGGCAGAGGUGCCGCCUCCUUUCCCGAUACCCCACCGAGCACAGGAGCAGCUCUCUCUUGGUCCAGACUCAACAGCAUAUGAGCAAAGGCUGAUGGACACGGAGUGGUGUCACCCCACCAGAGAACCCCCCCGUGCCACUGUGGACACACAGCCUGGACCCUGCUGUCACCUCCUGCCCCCACGAUCCUUCACCUGCUGCCUUCCUGUGGGGAAUUACGGAGACAAUCAGUUAAAUCCCUGUCCUGUCCCACCCCCUUUGUCCCCCCACCACACCCCCAGUUCUGUGAGGACCUGGCAGUGAAUAAUGCAGGAGGCUGCAGGGAUAUGGAGCUGCUCUGCUUGGUUCAUUAUUGAUGAGAGAUGACAGAUCCUCCGCUGACAAUCUGCCUAAGAGAUAUGAUUAGCCUGUAAAAAAUUAAUCGCACUUCUUAGGGAUGACGCGAGCUGAAAACCCCAAGGAACGGCGUUAUCGAUGUUCCCUAAUUUCAGGGGACUUUGAAAAGGUUUUAGCAAAAUUUGGAGGCAGCAAUUACAUUCAAUUAGAAUCACAAGUGCCAAGACAUCACCGCCGCUCGCAGUGACCGUGUCCCCUGCUCCAGUGCAAUCCCUGCACAGUGCUCGGCCUUUCCAAGCCCCAUAAAAACCCUCUGGCGAUCAGAAAAAAAAUCCACAGCCUUCCCAACACCCCUCCAUGCCCAAGGCUGGGCUUUUGGCAGUGCAGCCCUACAUCUCAAGGGUGUGCAUCCAACUCUGGGAAGCCCCCAGCCUUUGGGGAUAUUGGAUGGGGACACAAGGGCAGGGAUACACAGACUCACCAGGGACUGGAAAUACUGGAGGGAGCGGCAGCGGGCUUUGCUUGGUGCUUCCCCUGCCUCCAUCCCAUCAUUACCAGGCCCCGUAACUUGCCUGGGUUCACAGGGCUGCUGACAAACGCAUGCAUAAUUCAUACAGCCCCGCACAAGAAGCCCUCUAUGCAGAGCUCGGUGCUGAUUAAAAACCACGGCAGCAAAAGAUGAAAAGCCCCCAGGGACACGGAGCAUACAGGUGGCCAGACCCUGCACAGUGCAUGCUGCCAAUUAGCCGAGCCCCCAGAUGUCUGCCCAGCCUCACGCCACACGCCACCCUGACCCCAGCAGCUUUAGAUUUUGGGUCCCUGAAGCAAUUUGGCACAAGAUGGAGUGGGGCCGUUGGGUGUUUUUUGGCAGGUCUUGCUUUGGCCCUGGGCUAGAGCUUGAGGUGCAGGUGGGAUGCAUCAAUGCUAGCACCCGCUCUGCACCAAGGUGUGGCUCUUUAUCCAAAUAUCCUUGUUCCCCUGACCUUGUCUUUGCUGCCUUUCCCAGCACAAGGUGAUACCUUCCCAAAUGCACCCCCACCCCAAAAGGGGGUGCCAAUGUCUGGGAUGCACACAGGAGCCCCCACCUGCCAAGCCAGCACCCAGCACCCCUUCCUGGGAUCUGGUCCAGCAGCACCUCUCUGGUUUGCUUCCACCCUCUUCCUAUAAAUAUUGUGCUGUUUGUCAUGGGGUCCUCCACUGGCUGCACACAAAGACACAACAGCCCCCAAAUCAAACCCCACACAAAGGCGAGCAGUGCUGCAAACCGCUGCCAGCUUAUGAGCAACGAAACCCAGGUGCCAGCAAGCAUGAGAUCCCAGCAGAGCCUGCUUCCCUCUUUCUCACGUAAGAGACUGACACUAUUAUACCCUGUGCCCACACCUCACAUGGGAAGUUGUUUUAGCAUCACCAGGGCUUGUUUCUCCAGCAAAUCCCAUCGGGUCAGGACCAAGCCAGCAGGGAGUGAAGCCCUGCGUACAAGCAGAAGAACAGCAGCAGCCACAUUUUGGCUGUUUGGUGGGUUUUGUUUGGUUGGCUGUUGUUUUUUUUGUUUGUUUGUUUUGUUUUGUGUUUUUUUUUGGGGGGGAGGUUGUUUUUUGUUUGUUUGUUUUGCAUUCAGAAGAGCUCGUGGUCUCCUCUCCCUCUCAUUCCCCAGCUCAGCCUCUGGGCUGCGCAGCCCUCGCAGGGCCUUGUUCCUUUGCACAUCUCUCAGCAUGCAGAACCGCUCCCCUGGGGGAAAGGAAAUUAAUUUUUUCCCUUUGAAUUCAGCCUGCUCGGCAGAGGCUGCUGUAGGAUGCCAUUCCCAGGACGGCCCCCAGCCCCCUCCUUUUCUCCCCUUCCCUCCACCCCCGCCAUGGUACAGGCGUGGGCACCUGGGGACGUCAAGCAAGCGUAAUUCCCCCAAAUCUUCAGAAUUCAGAUGGAAACUGGUCACAUUCCUGAUUUCUUGUCAGGGGGAGAAGGAAGCAGACCUGACAUUGGCUGGCAUCCUCCGUACCUCAGUUUCCACCACCACCACUGCCAUCCCCACGUGCAUCGCGAGGAGCCCCAACACGGUGAUGUUCAUCAUCACUUCCAAGUGAUGGCUCCCACCUCUCCAAUUCCUUCCCCUCCCGAUUUUUUUUUCCCUCGUUCCAAUGAUUUUGUUUGUUUUCCGGGGUUCAUCCUCCUUCCCCACCCCCACUCCCCAGCCUGCAGUUUCACUCCUGCCUCCACUGCAGCUUCAUUUGCAGGAGUUUCCCCUUCCCCAAGCCCACAGCUCCUCUCCCGAUGGCUCCGCGUUCACCCGCUGCUUCCAGGCUCACCACCAACAGAGCUCGGUGCCUUUAGGGACACUUCCCAUCACCCUUCGUUAGCGAGCAUGCUGCACGCAAAGCCUGCCAAAUUAGUCACUCAGUGGCGCAGAGCAGCUGCUCGGUGUCAGACCAAAGGUCUGCCUGGCACCAGGCUGCCUUCUCCCUCCCUUCCCUGUGCUCAGGUUCCUCCUGGUUUCACCCAUCCAGGGGGGUAAGCAGGGAAGAACCUGGACCAAGCAAAGGGUUUUCCCCUUCCAAUUCCUGGCAAGUAUCAAAUAGCAAAAACCAACAGAGCAGGGUGGUGUCCCCGGGCUGCUCAGAGGAGUUACCUUCCCUCUCGUCGCCUUUGUGCUUCCGCAAGCUUCUCUCUGAGCCUCUCUGUUUGCCAGGCUAAUAAAGCCAGCUCUGUGUCACCAGCUCCCUGCUGGCUGCGCUCGAGCCCAGCCCAGCCCACCUUACUCAAACAUAUAAAGCUUACAUGCCAGCUCCUGCCAGCCAGCCCGCUCAAAGUCACCUUGCCCCAAACUCCCGGCUGAGCCUGUUCCUGCUCUGCUGGGGGCUCGGCAAUCAUUAAUCGGAUUCUCUGCAUUCCCCAGCGCCUGCCCUGGUAUGGAAAAAUGAGCCAGCGGGUAACCGUGCCCUGGCAGUCCGACAUGCAGCUGGUCGGCAAGCUGGUCCUCUCCGCCGCCGCACUGCUCCUGCUGACUUUGGCGUACAGGUUUUACAAAUCCCGCUCGGCCCCCAGCGGCCCCGGAGGCAGCACCUUGGCAGCCGACGCUUGCGGAGAGACGGAGAGAAGGGAAAACACUGCCCAAGAUGGGGAGGUGGUGGCAAGUCUGCGGCGCAGGCAGGUUUUCGGUGGUGGGGCUUGGCAAGGUGGUGGCAAUGCCCGAGUGAGUGCCUUGGAGCCGCGGCAAGUGCUGGCCCGAAGAGAUCGAUGUCUGCCAGUGGGCAAGGAGGAGGAAAAAGGGGAGCCGGGAGGCAGUGGGGACCUGGCCGAAAUGCUGAGUGGGGAGGAGGGCAGCGGGCAUGGACACGGCGUGAUCAGCCCAUGCACCGGGCUUUCCACCCAGAUGGGGGAUGGUGGAGGUGCCCAAAGCACCGAGCAGGAUUUGGCCAUCGGGGGCAUGAGCCAGGAAGGGGGCAGGGGGGUGAUCCAGACCCACAGUGUCACCUCAGACCUGGGGCUAAUGAUAACAGCGAGCAACAAGAGGUCGGACACCUCCUACUCUUUCUCCUCACUUGCGAAGAUCCAGGUGGAAGAGAACUACAUCACCAAGAGGAAUGCGAAGGAUGGGGCCAGACAGCUGGCCCCUGGCCUCAAAGGGAAAGUGUAUGACUACUACAUCCAGUCCAUCUCCCAAACGGUGUCAAAGAAAAGGUCUCUUCCCUAUGCCCCUCUGGGAGAAGCCCUGAGCUGCAACUCAGAGUAUGUCAAUGAAGAGCUGCAGAACUUGGAGCAGGCCAACAAGGAGCAGCAAAGCUUGGGGAAGGUCAACGAGGAGCUGCAGAGCUUGGAGAAGGUCACUGAGGAGCUGCAGAGCUUGGAGCACAUCAGUGAGGAGCUGCAGAGCCCUGUCAUCCCAGAACCUGAGACCAAGAGCCAGCAACCAACCGUGGCAAUGCAGGACCCCAUCACUUCUCCCGUAGUCCCAUCACCUGUGGGGAGCUUGGAGAUUGCCACCAAGCCCCCAGCUCCCACUCGCAGCUUCAGCCGCAAGAACAGCGUCACCCAGAUUGCUGAGAACCCCCAGCUCCAGCUUCCCAUGGAGGGCUUUGGUGCACCACUGCCAGCCAACACACCACCAGCAAGCCCCCGGCUGGAGCUGGUGGCUGGAGCCAACUUCUUCCAAAUGUCACCCCCUGCCCCGGACACCCUCCUGGAUCUGGGGAACUGCUACGAGGUCCUCUGCAUGGCUAAGGCGGCGAAGCUCAGCCACCUCCAGGAGGCCGCCUACAAGGUCAUGAGCGACAACUACCUGCAGGUGCUGAGGACGCCCUCCAUCUACGGCCGCCUCAACGCCAGGGAGCGGGAGCUCAUCCUCCAGCGGAGGAUGAAGGGGAAGAUGUGUGUCACCGUGGCAGACAUCAGCACGCAGGACCCUGACCUCCACGCCAGCCGGCUCUGCUACUACGAUGACGGAGGGGACCGCUGGUACCACCUCUGCCACAUGCCACCGGAGGCGGUCUCCCAGGGGUGUGCCAUGUGUAGCAUGUUCAACUACCUCUUCGUGGUGGCUGGCUGUGAGGGCUCGGGCCGUGCACAGAGACCUUCCAAACGUGUCUUCUGCUACGACCCCUUGACCAACAUCUGGAGGGAGAUCCGCUCCUUGAACCAAGCGCGGCCGCACUGCAAGCUGGUGGCCCUGGACGGCUGUCUCUAUGCCAUCGGUGGGGAGUGCCUCUACACAGUGGAGCGAUACGACCCCCGCCAGGACCGCUGGACCUUCACCGCCCCCCUGCCCCAUGACACCUUCGCCGUGGCCCACACGGCCACGGUGUGCGACGGGGAGAUCUACGUGACGGGGGGCACCUUGCGCUACGUGCUGCUGCGCUAUGCUGCCCUCAGGGACAGCUGGAUCGUCAGCCCGGCUGGUGGCAGCAAGGACAGGACAGCCGAGAUGGUGAGCACCAAGGGCUUCAUCUACCGCUUCGACCUCAACCGCAGCAUGGGCAUCGGCGUCUACCGCUGCGGUGCCAAGGCCAAGCUGUGGUACGAGUGUGCCACCUACCCCAUGCCCUACCCGUCCUGCUUCCAGUGCGCUGUGGUCGGCGGCUUGGUCCACUGCAUCGGCCGGCGUUUCCAUCUCCGGUUCUUGGCCGACCACAUCUCACCACGCUUCGGGACCAAGGAGCUGCAGCCCUUCCCCUCGCCCCGUGGCAGCCUCCUCCCUGCUGUCCUGGUGCUGCCACAGGGAGGGAUGGAGCAGGUGCAGGUUUGAAGCAUCCAUGCUGAGGUCUCGUGCAGCUUGGACCCUAUGGGAUGGUGAAAGCCAGGUAGCAGAAGCCACCAGCAAGCAUUUACCUCCCAAGUGCUGUUGAUGCUGUUGGACCAACGCUAUCAGGGCAACGUCACCCUCAGCCACCAUGACAGCAUCCUGCCAAUCCCUGUAAGUGGGAAGGGAGAAGACAGAUUGCACUUAGACACGAGCAAACCCAGCCUUGAGGACACAAGGAAGAGCAAAGCCGGAGCUGGGUGGACUCGUUUGUUUGCAGGUAUUUAAACACAGGUGUGCUUCCUCUAAUACAAACAAACCCGGGCUCACUGCAGGCUGUGUACUGCCCCGUAAGUAGCUGCUUUGCAGGCACCAGGUGUUUAACAUUGACCCGGACACCGAAUGCACAGUGGGGGUUUAGGGUGUAGAAAUACAACAGAGAGGUUUGGUCCCCAUCAGCAUCAAGUUGUCAUUGAUCCUCACCCCAGGGCAGGAGGCUGGGGACCAAAGCAUCCCCAGAAGGUAUUUCCUACCCUUGCCUUGUUACCCAUUACCUUAUCCUCAGCCUGGAAUAAUAUAUAGAUAGAUAUUUACAUGCACACCAUUUAAAUAGACACUGUAGAUUUAUAGACAGCUGGUCUUAAAUAAAAUUAAAGCAAACAUUUGGUAAAAUUAA